AUGGCCAAUGCGUCGGACGCCGCCGCGUUCUUUGCGCGGUUUCCCGCGCAGCUCGCACGCUGGGGGGGGCGGUCCGAUGCGGCGGUCGACGCGCUGGGCGAGGCGCGCCGCGCGCUGCAGACAGCCGCGCCACGGUUGCCGCCGCACGACCUGCAAAAGUACGAGCAGGAGCUGCAGGCGAUCCAGCGCGAGCUCGCCGAAAAGGGGCAGCGCGCGCGCGGGGCAUUCCAGUUUCGUCGGAGGGCGCAGCGCGCGCCUGCCGCGGCCGCGGCGCCGGCCGCGGCCACGACGCCUUCCACGCCCCGCACGCGCGACGCGUGGCUCGGUACGGCAGAGCUCGGCACGGGCGGCGUCGUGGCGGCGCACCUCGACGGGUGCAUCGUCGACCUGCGCACGGCAGACGUCUCGGCGCUGCACCUCCAUCACGCACAGAAUACCCUCGUGCUGCUCGGCGACGUGUCGAGCAGCAUUCUCCUCGAGCACUGCACGCGUUGCAUCGUCGUCGGCUCGGUGGGCCAGUGCCGUGUAUUUGAAGUGCGUGCAAGCGCCCUCCUCGUCGACACGAGCUCGGUCGUGACGCUCGAGGCGUGCGAUGCGAUCCAGAUCGGGGGGCGCGUCGCGCCCGCGCCCGCGCUGCGCGUACAAGACUUUGGCGACGCGUUUGGCGGCCAUGCGCACUGGCGCGCCGUCGACCCCGCCGUGUACAGUGGGAUGGCGCGCGCGCUCGCGGCGCUCAAUCCACACGCGGACCCGCCGCACGUAGCGCCUUUUCACGCACUCUUUGCUCUCUAG